AUUGGAGGCAGGCUCCUGCUGGGUGCCGACCUGCUGGCCCUGCAGGGGGGGGCCCGCCCACAGCUCAGUGCCUCCAACCUGCCGCUGCUUGGGGCCCUGGUGUGUGACAUGGACGCGUCCAGCAUCAGUGCUGCGGACCCCCACGUGCUGGGGAACCUGCAGCGCUGCCCCCGGCUGACCACCGCCCAGCGCAUUGCCCUCAACUCACUGCUGGCCGGGGGAAAGACCUCGCUCAGGCCCCCUGGCUCCUGGACACUGGAGGGGCUACAAGCCCUGGGUUCCCUGGCCACAUACAUCAGCCCUCACCUGUGGGCACAGGUGCAGGAGGCCGUGGGCCUGGGCUUCUUCAGCAGCAUGGUGGCUGCAUGCCGGGCAGGGAGGCUCAGGCAGCACGAGGCCAGGUGCUUCGUCACCAGCUUCCUGGGGUCCAAGACUAAACUGGUGUCCUCCAGGCCCAGACUCAGCACAGAAAGAUCCUGUGUCCGAGGCAACAUCACGGCCACCACGCUGCGGGACAACCUCUUCCUGGUGCACUACGACUGUGCACAGCUUGAGUCUUGCCUGGAUGGCCACGUCCUCAGAACCAACCUGGAACCCCUGCUGCAGCACCCGCUGCCCACUGAGUGCCAGCGCGUGGUCAAGGCCAAGCUCGCGCAGAUCUACCCACAAGGCCUCCCGGAGGAUCAGCUGCGGCUCAUCACCUCGCUGGUCUACCUCUACUCCUGCACCGAGAUCAGCCAGUGGAGCAUCACCUCCCGGGACACGGUCAUGGCUCUGCUGGCCUCUGAUGUGGCCCUGGAGAACCAGACAGAGGCUGUGCUGCAGAAGUUUCUGGAGCACAAUGGCACAGUCUCUGGCGCCCUGCUGCUGGCCGUCGGGGGCACCCACCUAUGCUGGAUGAGUCCUCAGCAGAUCCAGACCAUCCAUCCCCAGGAGCUCCGGAUGGCCGGGGCCCUGGACGUCUCUUCCUGCCCCCAGAGCCGGAAGGACGUGCUCUACGCCAAGGCCCAUGAGGCCUUCAGCAGCAGCAGCAGGACCCCAGCUGCCUACUACCACUUCAUGCGCCCCUACCUCGGCGGCGCACCGGCGGAGGAGCUGCAGCACCUGGCUCAGGCCAACAUCUCCAUGGACAUCGACACCUUCACCAGCCUGAACCCCCGGGUGCUGCAGAGCCUGGAUGUCAGCAACGUGACUGCGCUGCUGGGACACAACGUGGGCGACCUGCAGAAAGCCCGCAGCCACCCCACCAUCAGGUCCUGGCUGUACAGCCUCAACCGCUCCGCCCUGGGCCAGCUGGGCCUCGACACCAGCCCCGCUGGCCCCACCAGCCCCACCGGCCCAGCCCACGGCACCCGCGGGCCCCCCAGCACCACCCACCAAGCGCCCCAUCUGGUCCACACCUCAGGCCUGCCCGGGAAUGCUGCCCAGGCCUCCACCUCAGGCAGCCCGUGGGCCCCGGGGUACCUGCCCCUGGCGGUAGCCCUGCCCUCUGGCCUCCUGUGGCUGCUGCACUGGGGGACCUGCACCCUGGCUUCUGUGGACAGUGCUGCCUCGGGGUGGCUGGGUUCACAGGGGUCAGGUGCAGGAAAAACAGGGCUGUUAGAUUCAGCUGGACGCCCACUUGGGCUGAGGGGCCGGCUCUAGGCCAGGCCAACCUGCCCAAGCCCCACCUCCUAGGCUGCCCCACCCAUCCCCGCCUCCAGGCCCUGCGAGCUGGACUGAAGACCAGGCCCUGAGGAGGUGCCUCCCACACAACCACAGGCC